AUGAGCCGAAACCCUUCAAAUACCCCUCAUCAGCCAGCCUUCGCGGCAUCUCUCGACGUCGACGACCGUUAUAACCCGGUGUCCUUCGAGUUCGACCAGUUUGGCUCAGACAUAGCUCAGAUGGAGGCAGAGAUGGAGAGGUUCCAACCUAGUACAUCAGGAUUCGUCUACCCCCCAGGCAUGGGUGAUUCUUCAUCGUCGGGUCCAGCCUUCAGCUUACCGCAAGUUAGCCAGAUUGCACCGAACUCGCAAUUGGCUCAAACAUCGCAACAGGCUGAUUCUCUGGCAGGUCCAGUACCUAAGAAACGUGGUAGACCAGCAGGGAGAGGUCAGGCUAGAGGCUCAGGGAGAGGAAAGCGUGCUACGGUCACGCAAAGGGACUCCUCUUCGGUUCCUACGGUCCUCGAUUCGAAUACCCUCUUUCAACAAGGACAAGACACUGUAGACCUUCAUCGCAGGGCCCUUACCACCAACAAGGCCUACGCAGGUCAUAUCAGAGUCGUCAAGGACUGGAUCAAGAACUACCAAGCGAGUAGAACAGAAAACGACCCCGAUCUCUCCGACGUCUUCGACGUGCUCAGUAUCCGGUCAGCGCAGAUGGUAUUCUUGUUCUGGACCUCCAGGCAGGAUCAGGUCGGCUUCCGAUCGAUCGAGGGGAGUCGUUCAGCCCUGAAAGCGUACUUCGCUGGACAAUUCCCGAAUCAGUGUCAUGCUGCAGAGUGGAGGCAGGUCGAUGGUCGAUGGGAAGGCAAUCCUGUGAACGAUGGCCACAAUACGGACCUGUUUAAAUCGCUACAGCGACGUCAUGCUAAGGAGAGUAUUACGAAGCAGUCUUCUCCUCUGCUCCUGCCCCAGUUGAAGGUCCUCGUACGGUACAUCGAGCAAGAACUGGUCACCGAGAACAAUCCGAUGCGAUAUUCGCAGCUGAUGUACGCAUCAGCGUAUAUCACUUUGGGGUGGUUCUUGAUGGCAAGGAUGGACGAGUGCUUGAAGCUGAAGGUCUCUGACUUCGUGGAGCAUGGCUCAGACCCUAAUUACCCCGGUCAAGACAUCCCGUUCAUCUAUCUGACUUGGCGAAAGACGAAUCAGACGGAUCCGCAUAAUUGUAAUAAGUACCAGAUACAUCGUCCAAUGGACCCAGAGGAGAUGGAGGUCUGGGCGAUACCUCCUCUCCUUCGAUGGAGAAAAUACGUAAUAGAACGAACAGCGAUCGCUGAAGCUGGCUCGGACAUGCUUCUCCCUGCCAUUCAGGCUGGUGGCAAGCUUGACGUGUCUAUACCCAUGCCACCUAGGUCGUGGGUGGCUAUUUGGAACGAACUCUGCGAAAAAUCCGGUCUGAACGAACAAAAUCCCACCUCGGACUUCAGUAGCCAUUCUCUUCAACGAGGAGGUGCUCAGUGGAGGCAUAACUAUGCUCCGUACCGUUGGGGACUGCCUAUCAUCCGCUGGUGGGGUGGAUGGGCCAGUGGAGAGCACACGACGACCCUGAUGCGAUAUCUGCUGGAUGAGCAGAGUAAGAUACAAGGGUACCAUGGAGAUGCCACGAAUCCUCUAUGGAUUGCUAGCCGGCAUGUGCUGCAGCAGCAUGGUGGAGACGGUUUACAGCCGACAAUAGCGGAUAUUCAACGUCUUCGAGAAGAGGUCAAGCAAGAGUUCAGAACCUUCUCUAAACAACAGGAACGAUCGACAGGGCAGCAGUUUGACGAGAUACGGAGCAUGCUGCGAGAUAUCAAGACGUUCGAACCGAGUGGUGACUCGCAGUCGGAGUCGAGAGCCGAAGAACUCCUUAAGACGCUGCUGGCAAGGGUGGAAACCCUCUCAGGCAGUCAACAGGUUCCUAUGCUGCAGCAACCAGCACCAUCGACCUCGUUUACGAUGCCACCGAGCCUGUCUUUGAACACGACGAAUCCGGUGCAAUCUGGACACCUUGCACCCAUCUCUGCACCAUUCUAUCCUCCUCGAAACACUGCUUCAGGCAGUACGAGGAUGGUAGUAGACCACUCGAACCGUGAUGAUCGUCUACGCUUCAAGGUAUCCGGUGAAGUCAUCAUGGGGAAGCGUCCGAUGAACCUCCCUCGAGUUACUACAAUUCGAGAAGCGCUGCUUCAGUGGUUUGAAGCAGGAACAGGGGACAAACGACAGCACCAGUACGCCCUGAUGGAGUGGCCAGAUGAGUGGGUGACGAAGCCAAUCACCAAGGAAGAUACCGCUAUGCAAGUGCUUCACGGUCAGCGCAAAUUACUGGCAAGUGCCUAUACGCAGACGACAGGAUUGGAAAUUUGCACCGAAGCUGGUAUCGCCCUAUUCGAGCUACAAUACCCACAAGGGACUCUGACGAAGGUGAUGAAGGCUGUAAGGGAGCACAUGAAGGAAGCAGGACUUCUCCAAAGCCGUAAACGUGCGGUCCGAGGCAACAGCAACGAUGUCGACAUGAACUAG